UUUCCCUAACAAACAUCAGUCCAACAAACUCGGGCUGGCGAAUUUACACAGUCGUAUGAUGCAAACAGAGCCAGUCGACUGCUAUUUUGUUGUGUUUUUGUGUCAUCGUUAUUACAGUUUAGCUUCUGUCAAUCAUAGUAAACACUUUGACGGUGGAACUUGCGAGUGUGUAGGUAGCGGAAUAUUCAAUGGCUGACUCUUUAAUGGACUUAGGGAUUUUAGCUCAACAAGAACAGGAGGUAGGAAAAGUCGACCUCGAUUCAGGAGAUUGUGAUGAUUCUUCCAGUGGCAGUGACAGAUCCUAUGAAGCAGACGACGCUGAUAGCAACGGCCGAGGGGAUUCAGGCUCAGGCGGUGCUCAAUGCAACAGUAAUUCGAUGCGAUCUAGGAGAAAACGGCGUCAUGGUAGCCAUGGAAGUAGACGACACAAAGGUGGGAGUCGCCACAAACACAAGUGCUUUCAGCCUUAUCCCCCUAGAGAUGAAAUAAAGCUAAAACGCAAAUCUCAAGAACUUCAAGAAAAAGAAAAUGCCGCAGCCGUCGUUCGACGUGACGGUGCCAACCAACAAUAUAUGAUCUUUCCUGUGGCACCAUUUAAUUCAACUCAGUAUCUCAUGGAUGAGCACAGUAUUGCCUCACCUGCUGGGCUAAACAAAACUCCAAGCAGUUCAAAACUGAAUCAGUUUUCUCCACAAAACCUGGCUUUACACUCAGUGCCAUCCACUCCAGCAGACAUCAAUCACGAGUGUAUAAACUUUGAAAGAAAGGAUAAAGAAUUCACUGACAUUUAUACAACUGUGCAUGCAGAGAGUCUUCAAAGUUUACCAAAGGAAGAACUUGUGAAGCACUACAUUAGUCUUGAGGAAAAGAUUGCAGCUCUUCAGAAAAAAGUUGCUGAAGCUGAGCAGAUGAAACUAGAGGAUGAUGUUAGUACUAAGGCUUAUGAAGGUGAUAAGGAGGGUGUGUGUGAUUCUGUUUGUUGCUCAGAUACAAACUCUUUAUCCAGCAGCAAUGAAGAAUUUGUGGACUUAAAUGGGGUAAGUCAGACACCCAUUUCUCUACCUGAAAACAGUGUUAACAAAACUUUUGAAACCAAGACAGAUUCUGUAACAAUGGAGGAUACCAACACCAGUCUUGGAGCUUCCUGAUUCUAAACAGUGCCCACUGCCAUCCUGAAAUGUUAUUUAAGAAUUCUGACCACACAACAAUGAUGUUAUGAUUUAUGACCUAUAAAAUUUUAAAAAAAGAAAAGGCAAGCAAAUGUGGUAGAACUAUUUUCAGAUCUGCUCCAUUAAUAAAAAUGUAAUUAAAAACUUUAUAUAAACAUUUGAGCCCAACUUAGGCUAUUCAGUUAGAUGUAUUUAGAGCAAAACAAUAAAUGUUAAAAAUUGUAACUUAAAAUAUUAACUGCAUUUACUGUGUUAAUGAAACAAAUGAAAAAUGUAUGUUAUUUUGUAAGUAGAACUUUUUUUACCAUACACAUAAUGAUUAUGAACUGGUAGGUGUUAAACUUGUUAACAAUGACUAGACAGUCUUGCUUUUUUUUCUCUUCAUUUUAACCUUUCAAAAGUGAAAAUGUCUUGACUUGUAAUAUUAUUUGUUACAUCUUGGUUCGAGAGUUUAGUUAUUUUUUUAUAAUUGUGUUUAUCUUGGCUCAAUACACAAAACUUAUAGCUUUUCCAUUAACAUUUUCUUAAGUUAAGAUUUUUCUCUUUCUCCUUAGAUUAUGUCAAAGCUGUUACCUUUUACAUGGGCUACUUAUAUUCAUUUAAAAAGAAUAAAUAUUAAUAGACACUGAGUAAGCAUUUAUUAAUUAUUAUUUACUGCCUAAUUUAGAAAUUUGUCUAGUGCAUUUCUUCUAUUGACAGUGUUGAGUUGAUAAAGUUUACACCUAGUCUCUUUAAAAUGUUAUGAUGGUGCUUAUGUAUAGGUUCAAAUGAUAAUGGAAGGUAUAAAUGUGAUAAGAUUCUGUGCAUGGACCGGAUAUUGCUCCAUUUAUAAAAACACUUAUUUUGUUCUAGUUAAAAUCCCAAUUUUGUUCUAGUUAAAUCCCAAAGGGAUCAACAAAAGUUGUGUUUCUAUGGGGGUUUGGGUAGUAACACGUUCAUUGAUACUAAUGUAACUUGGAAUAAUGACAGAUGUCAUUUAAAACCUAAAAUAAUUUGUAUUAUUGAAACAACACUCUUUCCCUAAUGGUGAUAAAUGGGGGCACAAUAUUACAGAAUUAGCGCUUGAUAACUGCAACUCAUUCAAUUUUUCUCCAUUGGUAUAUAUUGUACCGGUAGUGCGAAACAAUUACACAAAAUUCUAUUCUGUUAUGGUUCACUUAAGUGUUAUAGAAAGAAAGUAUAAUCUGUUAGCAUUUUAAGAUGCCUCUCAUCCACGUUUGCAGUUUUUUGGGCAAAAUUAAUGUAUAAAAGUAUUACAUGUUUUAAAAUUUCUUUCAAAGAAUUACCAAAUUUAUGACAUUCUAAAACAACAGGAUAGUACUCUUACUAAUUAGAUUAAGCUAAAGUUAAAUUUUGAUUUUGUUUUGCCCUGUUGUGAGUCUUUAAGUGUAUUUUUGAAGAAACUCUGUUUUUUUAAAAUUUUGUUUGGGUGGGGAGAGGGUUAUUUUAGUGAACAGCACUAAAAUGUUUCCUAGGCUUAGAUUUGAAUAAACUAGCAAAAUUCAGUGAAACGAUAUCUUUCCAGUUUAUUUUUAACCUUAUUGUCAAAUAUAAAUUUUUACAACCAAUAAAAUCUGUUAAUUCUCAUGACACUUUUGAAAUUAUUGUUUGUUUUGUGUAAAUUCUGUUUGCCAAAUGAAAAUGCUCAAAAGUUGACAGUUUCUAUGUACGGUACACUUUUGAAAACUGAGCAUUACAUUUGAGAUUGUUUUCUGUUUAAAGUUUAGUUUUUUUUGUUCAAAGAAUUUAUAGGAAUAAAUGCAGUGAUGGAUAUUGACAUAUUUUAUCUUAUAAACUUUAUUUAAAGUUUCAAUGUCAGAUAUUUAGCAUUAAUCUAAAUAAUAUAAUUCAUAAUAAAAUUUUAAAAAGUGGUACCGGUAUUAUUUAAUUUAAUCUUCACACAUAAUUUCCAACUGUUUAAAUUCAAUUAGGUUAUUUUAUCUAAAAUUGUGUAACUGAGGUAAUUUAAGAUUUAAAUUAAUAAUUUAGUACAUAUUACAAAUGUUGUUUUCAGGUAAAAUGAUCUAAUGCAGAUUUACAAUGAGACACAAUUAUCUUCUAAUAUUGGUAUAAUUUAAUGUUGUAAAUCAUAGCUUUGUAUUGCAAGGGCAAUAACAAGCUAUUUAUUUUUACACUUCUCUUUGGUUACUUCCCCUUGAAACUAUUAAAUUUACAAAUAGAAAGUUAAAAAUCUCUUGACCUAAUGAGACCUGCAUUUUAUGUUGGAUCAAUAAAUGUCCCAAUUGUAGAGAUGUGAAAGUAAUUUUUUUCCCUAAAAGAUUUUUUGAGACUUAGUCUUAGUGACAUAACCUACCAGUAAUUUUUGGUUGUUGAGGUCUAUAGGUCCAAGUUUUACAACUUCUAGUUACACUUGGGGGAAAAAGUGUACUCAAGCACAUGGUGUGCAACCCAAGCGAUGCAAUGAUUUAUCCCAUGCAUUUUGUCAUGGUUUUUAAAUCAACUAUCGUAAAUCAUGAAUGAAUUUUUUUGUCUUGGCUUGUAUUGAAAGAUUUUUUUUUAAAAAUUGAAAUUUGUAAAUAAUAAUAAAAUUAUGGAAAGAUUACCUUGAUCUGGCUUGCUAACACUAACAGUUUCACUACACACUCUAAAUAAGCAAAGUAAAUGAGUUAAAUAAUGUUAAGGGUAAUGUUGAAAGUGGUUAAAAAUAACUUUGAAGGAUAAAACACAAUUUAUCUUAAUGAUUAUUACAAAGCAUCUUCCAUGGUGGUAAUCUAUUCUAUUUCUAUUUGCUUAUUUUUAUUAUUAUUUUUUUUUUUUUUUUUGAAAAGGGAAAGAAUGAGUUGAAUCAGUGUAGCAAACAUUGAUGCAAUUUCCUAGGUCCAUUUUAAGAGUUUUUAAUCUUCAUUUUUUUUAUUCUUUUUUUCAUCUUUUGGUUUUAUCUUAAUGAUUAUUACAAAGCAUCUUCCAUGGUGGUAAUCUAUUCUAUUUCUAUUUGCUUAUUUUUAUUAUUAUUUUUUUUUUUUUUUUUGAAAAGGGAAAGAAUGAGUGGAAUCAGUGUAGCAAACAUUGAUGCAAUUUCCUAGGUCCAUUUUAAGAGUUUUUCAUCAUCAUUUUUUUUAGUCUUAUUUUCAUCAUUUGGGCAAAGUCACCCAUAAUACACAUGUAACUGAAUAUAUUUAUAGAUUUAAAAAAAAAAGUAUUAAAAUUUUAAAGAAAUGUCUCAUUUGUUUUUACAGUGCACCAGUAUAUAAACGAUAAUAUAUUGUGAAUGUUAUUUUUAUACAAAAGUAUUUAGCACAAUAUUUGUGAAGCAUUUUGCCACAGUCUUUCCUUUUUCAAGUUACUAUGUUGGGUACAUUUUAACUCAGCAUUUGAAACAUAUUUUUUCAUGUAUGUACAUUGUUUCUUAUGUUACAAUUUGUUAAAAAUACAUGGACUUUUUCCCCCACUCUUAUAUUAAAAUGGAAAGUGUGGAC